CUACGUAGCAUCGCUAAUAAGCCACGCCGAUAAGAUAAGAGCGACAUAUUGUAGCUAACCUGAAUUGGAUUAUGCCGCUAAUUACCGCCAAAAAGUUCAGUUGCGACUAAAUGAAGGACAUCAAAAUGAAGAAUCUUAACGCAAGAUUCAAAUGAUUACGCCGAAAUGAUACUGCAAAUUGCCUAAGUGAAAUCGUUGCACCGAGUCUUUCUGGUCCCAAUGACCGAGUCAAGAUGGGUUCUAGUGCCAAGAAGAAGAAGGAAAAGAAGAAGGAUUUUCAGAAGCCCAAGCUGAAAGUAGGAAAAGCCAAGCCAAAAGCUUCCAAUUUCACAGAUACCAGCUUUAAAUCCAAAGCUAUCGUAUUACAACAGCAAUUGGCUGAGAAUGCGCCGAAUCCGAUUGAACGAUUCAAGCAUAACCUGUCUCUGACGGCCUCCCGCACAGAUACUCAACGCAGAGAUGCGCUAUCGUACCUUGCCGGCCAGCUGUCCACCUCCCCGCCGACAAACCCUGUAGGCACGUCGACGUUACUUCAAAAACUUCUGCCCAUGAUGUCUGAUUCAUCUGGACCCGUGCGGAACCAGUUAUUGAAGCUAUUACGGAAUCUUCCUGCUGAUGAAGUCCGGCCCCACGUUGAAAGGAUUAUGCUUUACAUCCGAGGGACCAUGACGAAUAUCUCGCAGGAAGUCAAGGACGAUGGACUUAAUUACAUGGAAUGGCUGCUUGAUGUCGCUGGAGAGGACGUCGUCUCAAGUCCUGGCUGCUGGGUCAAGCCGCUUCGAGACUUCAUGUCCGUGCUAGGAUGGACAGUCAAGAUCGCCCCGGCCACCACGGCGAAAAGCGGAUGGACAUCCGCGCCUAGAACAACGUUCGGCGCCAAGAAAUACGGACAAUCCUUCCCGCGACAGAUGCUCAUACUCUCUAAAUUCCUCGAGAUAGGAUUUAAGCCGAGUGAGCCCACAUCCUGGUCUCCCAACGAUUGGUUUGGCAACAUAGGCCACGUACCGCGGACUCCAGACCCAUUUGGAUAUCUUGGUUUAUUCAAGCCUCCCAGAGAUGAAGAUGGCGAGAUCUACCGCAACAGGGAGGACAGACAGGACGUCUUUCAAAGAAGAUUCAUGGCCGCGGUCGAGACCGGCGUAGAUAUGGCUAAGAAAGAAGGGGGAACUGCUGGGAGAGCUGCAGCAACGCUGGAUCAGGUUCUGAGAGAUGGGAUGGCCGAUUAUGAACAGAACUCACGACUCGACGAUGAUGAUCACUUGUGGGAUGGAUAUAUAAUGUAGCUAAAUCUCGAUACAUCAUCGAUAUACUCUACGAACAAAACCUAUAACCAACAAAUUUGCCCUUCCGUUCCAACCAUACACUUGACGUGUAUAUAAACUUAACUCACCAAUAUCUUUUCUAAUUAUGUAUCGUAUCCUCCUUUUAUAUCAGUCUGCUAUUACAUAAUA